AUGGAUGUUCUUCCCGGUAUGGCUUGUCUUCCUUCUCUGAAAGAUUUGCAGCUAGGCUUAGAUGGAGAAUCUCUUGGACGGCUUCUCUCUGUUUGCCCUCUUCUUGAAAACUUACUGGUGGAUUUUUGUAGCCGCUAUGCGAGACCCUACACUGUCGGAAAAAUCAUUGUCAGGUUCCCGUCGUUGCAGAGUUUAGCUCUUUCAAUGGCUAAUGAGUUCGAGGUAGAUAGGUUAGAAAUCGAUGCUCCUGCUUUGAAAGUCUUGUCGGAUCAAUCCAAUCUGUCAAGCGUCUCACAAUAUGUUCAAAGGCUCCGUAAUUGCUUAGAGCGUUCGUCUACGCUGCUUUCUCGGUUGCUCACAGAUUCUCCUAACUUACGAGUUCUCAACAUCUUUCAAAUGACAGGGCAUUACGACAAUGAUAUGGUUCUAUGGGAUCGACCUAGUCAUGUUCCUGCAUGUUUUGAGUCCAGCCUAAAGACUUUCAUCUGGUCAGAAUACUUGGGAAGACAGCAAGACAGAAAAAUUGCGGUUUACAUCUUGAGACGGGCUUCUCUCUUGAAGACUGCAAGAUUCUCGUCUGAUGAUAACAGAAUUCCAAAGCUGAAGAUGCUCAAGGACUUAUCAGAGUCUCGACGAGCUUCGAGGAAAUGCAAACUCUUUUUUUAUUAA